CUGUGGAGAGGGGAGUGCGGUUACCUUCUCUUUCCGAUUGGAUUACCUAUCCUCCUGUUUGCUGGAAUUAUGGAAAUGCGGCAACAAAAGAAACUGACUCGAAUGAAAGUUUGAAGGAAGGCUUUUGCAUUUAUAGUGAGUCAAGGUGAAUAAUAUCAACGAGAAAUGCUCGGCAUUAAGUGGGAUUUGCUGUUUGUUAUCACCGGGUGUUUAAAACUUGCCUCUUUGUCGGAUUGCUACAGCGUGCACCUCAGUGCGGAUGCGGAACCGGGAACUGUUAUAGCAAACCUGGGGCAGAGCGGUACCUGUACCCUGGACCAGGUAAUCGCCCCCAAAUUCACAAAGACAUUUGUUGAGACGGAUGCUGCAUCUGGGGUUGUGUUCAUUUCGGGCAUAUUCGAUUGCGCUGCCCUUUCGUCUAACCCCUUCACGGUGUACAUCGCCGCGGACUGCAAAACAAAUGUGUCCGGCUUCAGACACCUUCUCACUAGCCGGUACGAUGUGCAUGUGCAUGGCAGGAACUGUUUCAGUAAGCACAAGAGGAAAACGAAAUUGGACGUUGAUGUAAUCAGUUUGCUACAAGUUCACAGUCACCAGCUUGCUUGUUACAAUGCUGAUGCUCCGCUUUUCCAUGUGGCGGAUAUAUUGCCAGGCUCACCGGCUGGCAGCGAAUUGCACUGCAGCGUGACCGGAGAUUCACUAUUCUACUUUUCGGCGGGAGGAUUAUUUGUUUCCGAGUGGCUCUGUUUGAAGCACAGCGUGUUGUUGGAACUGGAUCUCCAUUGUAACAGGUGUGUAAACAAGGGGCAAUGUCCGGGUGCUGGGGAACAGAGGGAUUCGGUGGCGAACGGCAUCUCAAUGCAUUUGCGUAUAGGCGUGGGCUCCUUCAAGCAGGAAUACUUGGAGGGGCUGCUGCAGGUAGCUGCACAGUCAGAAGUAGGGAUUGUAAGCAGGAGCAAGAGAAACGUCAACACCAGCCCCCAGUUCCAGCCUCCGAUGUACCAGGUGGCUGUGCCAGAGAACAAGCCAGCGGGGACCCCGGUUGUCCUACUGAAAGCAGUGGAUGCUGAUGAAGGUGAGGCUGGCAGGCUGGAGUAUGUUAUAGAGGCUCUGUUUGACAGUCGCUCAAAUAGUUUGUUUGCGGUGGACUCUGCCAGUGGUGCGGUCAAUACUGUGGAGGUACUGGACCGUGAAACUAAGGACACCCACGUGUUCCGGGUAACCGCUGUGGACCACGGCACACCCCGCCGAACCGCAAUGGCCACCCUCACCAUUACUGUGAGUGACACCAACGAUCAUGACCCAGUUUUUGAACAGCAGGACUACAAGGAGAGUGUGCGGGAGAACCUAGAGAUUGGGUACGAAGUGCUCACUGUUAGAGCCACGGAUGGAGAUUCCCCGAUGAAUGGCAAUAUCAUCUACCGCAUACUCAACAGCAAUGGCUCCAACGACGUGUUUGAAAUUGACUCUAGGUCCGGGGUAAUCCGCACCAAGGGCUCAGUUGACCGCGAGGUGGUUGAGGCCUACAUGCUUCUUGUGGAGGCGAAUGACCAAGGCCGGGACCCAGGCCCACGCAGUUCCACAGCGACCGUCUAUAUUUCAGUGGAGGACGACAAUGACAACGUCCCUCAGUUUAGUGAGAAGCGGUACAUUGUGCAGGUGCGCGAGGACCUUCCACCCAACUCUGAGAUCCUCAAGGUUAACGCCACUGACCAGGAUCGUGGCAGCAAUGCCGUGGUGCACUUCAGCAUCAUGAGCGGUAACACCAGGGGUCAGUUUUACAUUGAUGCCCAGAAUGGUCAGAUGGACCUGGUCAGUCAUUUGGACUACGAGAUCAACAAAGAGUACACGUUGCGGAUCAGGGCACAGGACGGGGGGCGGCCGCCCCUCUCCAACAUCAGUGGCCUCGUGACGGUGCAGGUUCUAGACGUUAAUGACAACGCCCCCAUUUUCGUCAGCACACCCUUCCAGGCGACCGUGCUGGAGAACGUGCCGGUGGGUUACUCCAUCAUCCACAUCCAGGCCAUCGACGCCGACUCGGGCGACAACUCGCGACUGGAGUAUCGGCUCAUCGAGACCACGCCCAACUUCCCCUUCGCUAUCAACAACAGCACCGGGUGGAUUAUGGUGGCGGAAGAGCUAGACCGGGAGACCGUUGACUUUUACAACUUCGGGGUUGAGGCUCGUGACCAAGGUUACCCUCAGAUGUCCUCAUCUGCUAGUGUCAGCAUUACCAUUCUGGACGUGAAUGACAACAAUCCGCAGUUCACUCAGAAGUCCUACCACACGCGCCUGAACGAGGACGCAACUGUAGGCACCAGUGUGAUGACUGUGUCAGCAGUGGACCGGGACAUUAACAGUGUGGUCACGUACCAGAUCUCCAGUGGGAACACGAGGAACCGCUUCUCCAUCACCAGCCAGAGCGGUGGUGGUCUGAUCACCCUGGCUCUUCCGCUGGACUACAAGCUGGAGCGCCAGUAUGUGCUUAGCAUCACUGCAUCCGACGGCACACGGUUUGACACGGCCAAGGUGUUCGUCAACGUUACCGACACCAACACCCACCGCCCAGUCUUCCAGAGCUCUCACUACACGGUUAACAUCAACGAGGACCGCCCCGUGGGAACCACGGUCGUGGUCAUCAGUGCCACUGAUGAGGACACUGGGGAGAACGCUCGUAUCUCCUAUUUCAUGGAGGACAGCAUCCCCCAGUUCAGCAUUGACCUGGACACUGGGGCAGUCACCACCAAGAUGGAGCUUGACUACGAGGACCAGGUCUCCUACACACUGGCCAUCACGGCUAGGGACAAUGGCAUCCCUCAAAAGUCUGACACCACAUAUCUGGAGAUUUUGGUGAAUGACGUCAAUGACAACUCCCCACAGUUCCUGCGUGACCAGUACACGGGUUCUGUAAUGGAGGAUGUUCCGGUCUUCACCAGUGUGGUGCAGGUCUCUGCCACCGACCGUGACUCCGGCCUCAACGGACGUGUCUUCUACACCUUCCAGGGGGGAGAGGACGGCGACGGUGACUUCAUCAUCGAGUCCACCUCAGGGAUUGUGCGUUCUCUGCGUCGCUUGGACCGCGAAAACGUGCCGCUGUACAACCUUCGGGCUUUCGCCGUGGACAAAGGUGUCCCUCCAAUGAAGACAUCAGUGGACAUCCAAGUGGCAGUAAUGGAUGUCAACGAUAACCCUCCGGUGUUUGAGAAAGACGAGUUUGAUAUCUUUGUGGAGGAGAACAGCCCCAUUGGCCUCGUGGUGGCUCAUGUCACUGCCUCUGACCCGGACGAAGGGAGCAACGCACAGAUCAUGUACCAGAUUGUGGAAGGGAAUAUCCCGGAAGUCUUCCAGUUAGACAUUUUCUCCGGAGAGCUGACAGCCCUGAUUGACCUGGACUAUGAAACGCGAUCAGAGUACGUCAUCGUCGUGCAGGCCACCUCGGCCCCUUUAGUCAGCCGAGCCACUGUACACAUAAGACUGAUUGACAAGAAUGACAACCUCCCUGUGCUCAAGAACUUCCAAAUCAUCUUCAAUAACUAUGUUACCAACAAGUCCAAUAGCUUCCCCAUGGGAGUGAUUGGGCGUAUUCCUGCCCAUGACCCAGACGUGUCCGAUAAGCUGCACUACAGCUUUGAGGCCGGAAAUGAACUGGAUCUGGUUAUUCUGAACCAGAGUACCGGGGAGAUCCGGCUGAGCAAAGCCCUGGACAACAAUCGGCCGUUGGAAGCCACCAUGAGGAUCUCUGUGUCAGAUGGGAUCCAUACGGUGGCAGCGCAGUGCCUCCUGCAGGUGACCAUCAUCACGGACGAGAUGCUGUCCAACAGCAUCACCCUGCGGCUGGCCAACACCUCCCAGGAGCGCUUCCUCUCCCUGCUGCUGGCCCAGUUCCUGGAGGGCGUGGCCCGCGUGCUGUCGGCGGCACGGCAGGACAUCGUCGUCUUCAACAUCCAGGACGACACGGACGUGAGCGCCGGCAUCCUGAACGUCAGCCUGUCGGUGGCGGGCGGGCGGCGGGGCCGCUUCUUCGGCUCCGAGGAGCUGCAGGAGCGCCUCUACCUCAACCGCAGCCUGCUGGCGCGCAUCUCGUCCCAGCGCGUGCUGCCCUUCGACGACAACAUCUGCCUGCGCGAGCCCUGCGAGAACUACAUGAAGUGCGUCUCCGUGCUCAAGUUCGACAGCCUGGCGCCCUUCAUCGCCUCCGACACCAUCCUCUUCCGCCCCAUCCACCCCAUCAACGGCCUGCGCUGCCGCUGCCCGCCCGGCUUCACCGGGGACUUCUGCGAGACGGAGAUCGACCUGUGCUACUCCAAGCCCUGCGGCCUGCACGGCGUGUGCCGCAGCCGCGAGGGGGGGUACACCUGCCAGUGCUUCCAGGACUACACCGGGGAGCGGUGUGAGCUGUCGUCCCGCUCUGGCCGCUGCGUCCCGGGGGUGUGCAGAAACGGGGGCACGUGUGUGAACCUGCUGGUGGGGGGGUUCAGGUGCGAGUGCCCGCCGGGGGCCUAUGAGAAGCCGUACUGCCUGAUGACCACGCGCGGCUUCCCCCCCCAGUCCUUCCUCACCUUCAGAGGGCUCCGCCAGCGCUUCCACUUCACCCUCUCUCUCACCUUCGCCACCAUGGAACCCAACGGGCUGCUGCUUUAUAAUGGCCGCUUUAACGAGAAGCACGACUUCAUCGCCAUGGAGAUUAUUAACGAGCAGAUACAGCUCACCUUCUCUGCAGGAGAGACGAAAACACUGGUGUCUCCUUUCGUCCUGGGCGGUGUCAGUGACGGGCAGUGGCACGUGGUCCAGGUGCACUACUACAACAAGCCCGUCCUCAGUCAGGCAGGACUACCCCAGGGUCCCUCUGACCAGAAGGUUGUCGUGGUGACCGUGGACGACUGUGACACAUCUGUGGCGCUGAAAUUCGGUCACACAAUCGGGAACUAUUCCUGCUCUGCUCAGGGCAGCCAAUCAGGAUCCAAGAAGUCUCUUGACCUGACCGGCCCUCUGCUCCUGGGGGGAGUCCCUAAACUCCCGGAGGACUUUCCUGUCCAGACGCGCCAGUUUGUAGGCUGCAUGAAGAACCUGCAGAUCGACAACCGCUACAUAGACAUGGCCAGCCACAUCGCCAACAACGGCACUGUGCCAGGGUGUUCGUCGAAAAGGAACUUCUGCAGCGCUAACCCCUGUAUGAAUGGGGGCACCUGUGUGAACCGCUGGGGCUCCUUCAGCUGUGACUGCCCUCUUGGGUUCGGAGGCCAGAACUGCGAGAAGGCCAUGUCCAGUCCCCAGCGUUUCCAGGGCAACAGCCUGGUACAGUGGAACAACCCGGCGGCCGUUGUCACGGUGCCCUGGCACGUGGAGAUGAUGUUCCGCACGCGGCAGCCCACCUCAGUGCUGCUCCGAGUUACAGCCGGACAGCAGCACAGCAUCACGCUGCAGCUCCGGAACGGCAGCGUGCUGAUGUCACUGCAGCGGGCGGAGGACUCCACGGUCUCGCGGCUGGAGGCGGUGAAGGCGGACGAUGGCGACUGGCACCACCUGCAGCUGCAGUUGCGCGGGGGCUGGGCGGGCGUGACGACCAGGCACCAGGUCAUCCUGUCACUCGACUACGGCCUGCACAUGGCCAGUGUGGAGGUGGACAGUAAGCUGAAGGGACUGAAGCUCCGCACCGUCAGUGUUGGGGGGGUUUCUGGACGGGACGGGAAAGUGCUGCAAGGGUUCCGUGGUUGUGUGCAGGGUGUGCACCUGGGCGAGACAGAGUCCAGUGCGGUGUCCCUCAGUCUGUCUCAGGCUAAGAAGCAGAACGUGGAGCGAGGCUGCAGUCUGUCUGACCCGUGUGACUACAGCCCCUGUCCUGCCAACAGCUACUGCAGCAACGACUGGGACAGCUACUCCUGUACCUGCCACCCAGGUUACUAUGGCGAUGUCUGUACGGAUGUGUGUUCUCUCAACCCUUGCGAGCACCAAUCAGUCUGCACAAGGACGCCAAGCUCCUCCCACGGCUACACCUGCGAUUGUCCCAGCAACUAUUUUGGCCAGUACUGCGAGAAAAGGAGUGACCAGCCGUGCCCCAGGGGAUGGUGGGGCCACAAGACCUGCGGCCCCUGCUCAUGCCAGACGGACAAGGGCUUCGACGCCGACUGCAACAAGACCUCCGGGGAGUGUCGCUGCAAGGAUAACCAUUACCGGCCCGAGGGGAGCGAGUCGUGUCUGCUGUGCGAUUGUUACCCCGUGGGCUCCUUCUCCCGGGCGUGCGACCUGGAGUCCGGCCAGUGCCAGUGCAAGCCCGGGGUCAUCGGCCGGCAGUGUGACCGCUGCGAUAACCCCUUCGCCGAGGUCUCGCCCGGGGGCUGCGAAGUAAUCUAUGACAGCUGUCCUCAGUCUAAAGAGGCUGGUAUCUGGUGGCCCAGGACUAAAUUCGGCCUUCCAGCCGCAGUGCCCUGCCCCAAGGGAUCCAUCGGCACAGCCAUCAGGCACUGUGACGAACACAAAGGCUGGCUUCCCCCCAGCCUCUUCAACUGCACCUCCAUCUCCUUCACCAAGCUCAAGACCAUUGCUGAGGAACUGGCCCGCAACGUUUCCCGGCUGGACUCCACACGCGUGCUGCAGACGGCGGCCAUGUUGUCCAAUGCCAGCCAGCACACGGCCUCCCUGUAUGGCAGCGAUGUGAAAGUGGCCUACCGACUCACCCAGAGCAUCCUGCAGCAUGAGACCAGCCAGCAUGGCUUUGGCCUGGCCGCCACACAGGAUGUCCACUUUACAGAGAAUCUGCUGCAUGUGGGCAGUGCCAUCCUGGCACCAGAGACGCAGGCACACUGGGAGCUCAUCCAGCAGACGGAGGGGGGAACCGCCCAACUGCUGCAGCAGUACGAGGAGUACGCCAACACCCUGGCUCAGAACAUGAGGAAGACCUACCUCACCCCCUUCACCAUCGUCACCCCCAACAUCGUCAUCUCGGUGGAUCGGCUGGACAAGAUGAACUUCGCCGGGGCCAAACUCCCCCGCUAUCAGGCCCUGAGAGGAGUCCGGCCUGCUGACCUGGAGACGGCCGUCACCCUCCCCGACUCGGUGUUCGAGUCUGCGCGGGAGGGCAAGGGCCCCAGGACCCCCCCGGCCCCUGCUCCCGGCCCCGCCCCCACCCCCGCCGGCCCCUCCGAGGCCCCCGGGAACCUCACGGUGAACAGGAGACGCCGCCAUCCUGACCAGACAGAGCGCGAGGCGGUCGCCAGCGUCAUCAUCUUCCACAGCCUGGCCCCCCUGCUGCCCGAACGCUACGACCCAGACAAGAGGAGCCUGAGGGUGCCCAAGCGUCCAGUCAUCAACACGCCGGUGGUCAGUAUCACGGUCCACGACAACGAGGAGCUGCUCCAGCACGCCCUGGAGAAGCCCAUCACGGUCCAGUUCCGCCUGGUCCACUCCGAGGACCGCUCCAAACCCAUCUGCGUCUUCUGGAACCACUCCAUCCUUGUCGGGGGCAAUGGUGGAUGGUCAGCGAAGGGGUGUGAGGUGGUGUUCCGAAACCACACCCACAUCAGCUGCCAGUGCUAUCACAUGACCAGCUUCGCCGUUCUCAUGGACAUCUCCCGCAGAGAGAAUGGUGAGAUUUUACCGGUCAAGCUGGUGACGUGGAGCACGGUUGGGGUGACCCUAGGCUUCCUCUUCCUCACCACGCUCUUCCUCGUUUGCCUCCGUGCCAUGCACUGCAACAAGACCAGCAUCAUUAACAACGGCUCUGCCGCCCUCUUCCUCUCCGAGCUCAUCUUCAUCCUCGGCAUUAACCAGGCCGACAAUCCGUUCUUGUGUACGGUCAUUGCCAUCCUCCUGCAUUUCUUCUACCUGUGCACGUUUGCCUGGCUCUUCCUGGAGAGCCUCCACGUGUACCGCAUGCUGAGCGAGGUGCGUGAUGUCAACUACGGCCCCAUGCGCUUCUACUACACCAUCGGCUGGGGCGUGCCGGCCUUCAUCACAGGGUUGGCGGUAGGCCUGGACCCAGAGGGUUAUGGGAACCCUGACUUCUGCUGGCUCUCUAUUUACGACACGCUCAUCUGGAGCUUUGCUGGUCCCAUAGCCCUGGUUGUGUCCAUGAACGUGUUCCUGUAUAUAAUAACCUCCAAGGCCUCCUGCUCUCUCCGUCACCAUGGCUUUGAGAAGAAAGAGAGCCCAGUCUCAGGACUAAGGACAGCCUGUGGAGUUCUCCUGCUGAUCACGGUGACAUGUCUGUUGGGUGUGCUGUCGGUGAACAGCGACUCAGUCAUCUUCCACUACAUGUUUGCUGGAUUCAACUGCCUCCAGGGCCCGUUCAUCUUUUUCUUCCGGAUCAUUUUCAACAAGGAGGUGAGGACCGCCAUCCGCUACUGCUGCAGCCGCAAGCGCCCGGACCACAUGAUGGGCUCCAAGCACCUGACCUCGGGUUAUAACUGUAACAGCAUCUACAUGGGCGGGCGCCUGUACCAGCCUCCCUUUGGGGACUCCAGCGCCUCCCUUAACGGCACUCUGCAGUCAGGGAAGAGUCAGCAGAGCUACGUGCCCUUUGUCCUGAGGGAGGACGCGGGUCUGAACAACAGCCAGGCUCACCUCAGCCUGAACGACGGUCUGGGCUCCCUCUUCCACGAAGCAAAGGAGCACGUAGGGGACCAGGACUCGGACUCCGACAGCGACCUGUCCCUCGAAGACGAUCAGAGCGGCUCUUUCGCCUCCUCGCACUCGUCGGACAGUGAGGACGAAGAAGGGCCCUACCCUCCUGAGACAUGCUGGGAGAACCUGGCUGUCCACAUCGCCAAGCACCCACACCUCGCCCACAAAGACAACACCCUGACGAAGUUGUUGUGGCCGGGGGAGUUUGUCACGACGCCGAGUGACAGUGAGGGCCCGAACGGACCAGAGAGGCUGAAGGUGGAAUCGGCGACACCCCCGGACCUCUGCCCGUCCCAGGACUGCCGGGACCUGGUGGAGCAGAGGCUGGAUGGGGCAGGGGAGGGGCACGCCAAGGAGAACACCCUGCUGUUCCUGUCCAGCCUCCCCAACCCCAGCGUGUACCCCCAGAAAGGGAUCCUGAAGAAGAAGCCCCUGUCACCCAUCGCGGAGAGAAACGGCGUCAAACGCAUCCACAACGAGCUCUCCAUGACCGCCGCCGGCCCCGCCUCCUCCCGCUGCUCCUCCUCCAGCGAGGGCUGUGGGGGCGGGGCUAAGACCACCCUGCAGGAACAAGCCAAUGGCGUGACACCGGUCUCCAUAACGCCGGUCUCCAUAACGCCCAUCGCCAUGAGCAUCAAAGCAGGGACCGUGGACGAUGACUCCUCAGGCUCAGAGAGCCGAAAGACGUCCACUUGAGCAGCCAAUCCUGGCCAACAGUGAGGAAUGUCAUUCCAGAUCCCUCUGCCCCCCUGCCACACCCACUUCCUGUCAGGAACAGGAAGUAGCUAGCAGGGCCCUUCGGCGAGGGAGCGCAGAACUUUCCUGGCUCCUCCCUGCUGGAUCUCCCUGUCCCUGCUCCUCUGUGUUUGUUCCUGAAUGACAUCCAACCCUCACUGGCCUUGUGCAUGCAGAUGCGCUGAGAUUGCCAUUUUAUUUUCUUUGUUUUCUGGGUUAUUGUUUUUUGUUUACAUACUUGAAUGGAUGCACUUUUUUCAUGUACUGCGCCCAAAUGGACAUGCAGGGAAGAUGGCUGAAAUUUUGUUUCAUUUUUAAAAAAACUUUUUCACUGAAAAAAAACGAAAAAAACACUGGAACUGGAAUCAGAAAAGCUGCUCAGCUGCCUAAAAAACCUUAACAUUCAGGGAAUACGCUUUCUCUAGCGGUGCAGUUUUCCAUGUUAGAGAACUGGCUGUGUGAUUUAAUGAACCACGGCACACUGAUUUCUGAAAUGAGGCACUGCUCUGCGGGGUCACAGUGGAGGACUGGGCUCCUAAUCGCUCGCUGCCCAAUUAACACCUCUCUCAGGAGCCAAACUGCUCAUUAGCGUCCCUCAUCCUGACCACACGCUGCCAUCUGGCUUGGUUUGCAUGCCUCAACGUUAGUAAUGACAGAAGAAAAGGGACUUCUUGUUAAAUAUAAAAGCCCUAUGUUUUCACUAACAGAUCAAGGAUUUGUCGAGGCAUGGAUCACACUGCGUUGGGAGGAUCGCCCCUCUUUAUCGAUCAGCGUAGGGACACCAUGGGACAACAGACUUCGGCCUUCCUUUACUAAUGGCAGUGGAAGAAGAUGACACUGCAUAGCAAGGAAGACUUUUGUAUAUUUUUUUUGACAUCAAUUGCUGGGAGCUAAUUUUAUAUGAUUAAGAGGCUUCCCUUUUUUGAAAAAUUUUGUCAAAAGGAUUUGUUUUUAUUAUUUAAUCCUGUGAAGAAAACUUUGUAGUUUGUUUAUGUUGUACAGACCUGGGGCUUUGUUUUUUGUAAAAAAAGAAAAGAAAAAAAAUGCUGUAUGACUUUUUAAACAUAUGCUCUGGAAACUCUUGCCUUGAGAAACGUCAGCAAGUGUUAAUUCAUUACUGUAAAGAAAUCUGCUAAUACUACUGUAUGACUACUGGAUAUUUACAGAGCAGCACCGUUAGUGGCUCUGUGCCCCUCCCCAUCUCUACUCUAUAUGCUGUCACUGGCUGAUAUAAACAAGCCUAAUAUUCAGGGCUACUGUACUCAAUGGCAUAGUCAUGGAGAAAUUAAUGUGUUGUAAAAAAUAAUGCUCAAUGUAGACUUUCCUUCUUCCAGUCUCUCAGUGUGGAUAAUUGUCCCCGAUCACUUGUUUCGAAGUGUCAAUUUUCUAAUGAAGAAAGUAUUUUCUUACAUCUCGAUAGGUCAAACGGCUGCAAUAUUGAUCAAGUUCCAGUUGAGCAUCCGCUUGUUCAAAGGUGUGCGA